CGAGCGAGCCGGGGGAGAGCGGACAGCGGGCGCGGGGCGCGGCUGCCAUGGGCGUGCAGUGAGCGGUCGCUCGGGGCGACUUCCUCGGCGGCGCGGAGCUCCCUGGCUGGCGGUGCGUCUCCUCGAUCACCAUGAAAGACGACUUUGCAGAGGAGGAGGAGGUGCAGUCCUUCGGUUACAAGAGGUUCGGUAUUCAAGAAGGAACACAAUGUACCAAAUGUAAAAAUAACUGGGCACUGAAGUUUUCUAUCAUAUUAUUAUACAUUUUGUGUGCCUUGCUAACCAUCACAGUAGCCAUUUUGGGAUAUAAAGUUGUAGAGAAAAUGGACAAUGUCACAGGUGGCAUGGAGACAUCUCGCCAAACGUAUGAUGACAAGCUCACAGCCGUGGAAAGUGACCUGAAAAAACUCGGGGACCAAACUGGAAAGAAAGCUCUAAGCACCAACUCAGAACUUUCUACCUUCCGAUCGGACAUUCUGGAUCUUCGUCAACAACUCCGUGAGAUUACAGAAAAAACUACCAAGAACAAGGACACAUUGGAGAAGUUACAGGCAAGUGGGGAGGUGCUCGUAGAUAGGCAGAGUCAACUGAAAGAAUCUUUGGAGAAUAAUUCUUUCCUCAUUACCACCGUCAACAAAACCCUCCAGGCGUAUAAUGGCUAUGUGACAAAUCUGCAGCAAGACACCAGCAUGCUCCAGGGCAAUCUGCAGAACCAAAUGUACUCUCACAACGUAGUCAUCAUGAACCUCAACAACCUGAACUUGACCCAGCUGCAGCAGAGGAACCUCAUCACCAAUUUGCAGAGGUCUGUGGAUGACACGAGCCAGGCUAUCCAGCGAAUCAAGAAUGACUUUCAGAAUCUGCAGCAGGUUUUCCUUCAAGCCAAAAAAGACACCGAUUGGCUGAAGGAGAAAGUACAAAGCUUACAGACGCUGGCUGCCAACAACUCAGCCUUGGCCAAAGCCAACAAUGAUACCCUGGAGGAUAUGAACAGUCAGCUCAGCUCAUUUACCGGUCAGAUGGACAACAUCACCACCAUCUCACAGGCCAAUGAGCAGAACCUGAAAGACCUUCAGGACUCACACAAGGAUGCGGAGAAUAGAACAGCCAUCAAGUUCAGCCAACUGGAGGAGCGCUUCCAGCUUUUUGAGACAGACAUAGUCAACAUCAUCAGCAACAUCAGCUACACAGCCCACCACCUGAGGACGCUGACCAGCAAUCUGAAUGAAGUCAGGACCACAUGCACAGAUACCCUAACCAAACACACAGACGACCUGACCUUUUUGAAUAAUACACUGGCCAACAUCCGAUUGGAUUCUGUUUCUCUUAGGAUGCAACAGGACAUGAUGAGGUCAAGGUUAGACACUGAAGUGGCCAACUUAUCAGUGAUUAUGGAAGAAAUGAAACUGGUGGACUCCAAGCAUGGUCAGCUCAUCAAGAAUUUUACAAUACUCCAAGGUCCUCCUGGUCCCAGAGGCCCAAAAGGUGACAGAGGAUCUCAGGGCCCUCCCGGUCCCACUGGUAACAAAGGACAGAAAGGAGAAAAGGGGGAGCCUGGUCCCCCUGGCCCUGCGGGUGAGAGAGGCCCAAUUGGACCAGCUGGCCCACCUGGAGAGCGCGGCGGGAAAGGCUCUAAAGGCUCCCAGGGCCCCAAAGGCUCUCGUGGGACCCCUGGCAAGCCAGGCCCUCAGGGCCCUAGUGGUGACCCAGGUCCUCCGGGUCCACCAGGCAAAGACGGACUCCCUGGCCCCCAGGGCCCUCCUGGUUUCCAGGGACUGCAGGGCACUGUGGGGGAGCCUGGGGUACCUGGACCACGGGGGCUACCGGGCUUGCCUGGAGUGCCCGGCAUGCCAGGCCCCAAAGGGCUUCCAGGCCCCCCAGGCCCAUCUGGGGCUGUGGAGCCCCUGGCCCUGCAGAAUGUGCCAACACCAGUGCCAGAAGCCAAUGGCUGUCCACCUCAUUGGAAGAACUUCACAGACAAAUGUUACUAUUUUUCGGUGGAAAAGGAAAUUUUUGAGGAUGCAAAACUUUUCUGUGAAGACAAGUCUGCGCAUCUCGUUUUCAUAAACUCAAGAGAGGAACAGCAAUGGAUAAAGAAGCAGAUCGUGGGGAGGGACAGCCAUUGGAUUGGCCUCACAGACUCAGAGCAGGAGAACGAGUGGAAGUGGCUGGAUGGGACACCUGCAGACUACAAAAAUUGGAAAGCUGGACAACCAGAUAACUGGGGACAUGGCCACGGGCCAGGAGAAGACUGUGCUGGUUUGAUUUAUGCCGGGCAGUGGAACGAUUUCCAGUGUGAAGACAUUAAUAACUUCAUUUGUGAAAAAAACAGGGAGACAGACCUAUCAUCUGCAUUAUAACAGAUGCUGAUGUAAUAACCUGAGCAAACCUUCAGGGGGCUCUCCAAGGCGAAGGAUACUCUGGAUUUCAUUACCUUCUCUCCAUGUUGGAGGAGGGAGAAGCACUGAAAACCAAUACUAAAAAUUGACAGCUAGCAUUUGCCAUUAUUCCAAGGACUUGGAAACUGAAAUGUCCCCCAGAGCGAUACCGAUUCUCAGUGUGCAGAUGGACUGACUCACAUAGAGAUUUUUCUCAGCCAAUAAUCACACAAUUAUGCAAAUUAAAUCACUCAAAGUAUGGAAUACUCCAACUAAAAAGACUGUCAUCGGUUGUUGCGCUACACAAAGAACUUACACACUGUGUAAACAGUACCUUACAUUUCUAAAAUCCCAGAUGUAGGAAAACUAUGCAGACAUAUAUAGAUAUAUAGGCCAAUUCUUAGUAAUAUGAAAUAUACUUAAAGAGCUUUUAAAACCUGGUAUUUUUGUACAAAAUAUUUUCCUUUUACAAUUAUUUUCCCUCUUUUAGUCAUUUUAUGAAUAUAAUACAUGAAGCCAAAGAAAACAACAGUGGUACUAAUAAAAUCUCAGAGGGUUUCUUGUCAGA